AUGUCUGGUGUUUCUUCCAUCAAUCAUCCGGAUUUACGCCGUAUAUCAACAGAUUAUGGUUUCGAGGGUCAUCCAUUACGAAAAGACUUUCCUCUGAGUGGAUAUGUGGAAGUACGCUAUGAUGAUCCAGAGAAACGUGUGGUUUCUGAACCCAUUGAGAUGACCCAAGAAUUUCGCUAUUUCGAUUUUGCUAGUCCUUGGGAACAGCGUAGCGACGGAUAA